GAACAGUGUCGUGCCGUCUGCCGUUUGCCAGCUGCCUGGGGCCCAGUGCCGAAGACCUAGACGAUAUUGGAUACACAAAUAUGGCUCGCCAACCUGUUAUCCUCAAUGUCUAUGAUAUGUAUUGGAUAAAUGAGUAUACUUCUUCCAUUGGUCUUGGGGUAUUCCAUUCGGGUGUGGAAAUAUAUGGAACAGAAUAUGCAUACGGCGGACAUCCAUUUCCGUUUUCAGGUGUGUUUGAGAUCACACCACGGGAUGCAGAAGAUCUUGGUGACCAGUUCAAAUUCAAACAAAGUAUUCAUUUAGGCUAUACAGACUUUACGGAAGAUGAUACGAAACGAAUUGUAGCAGAACUUGGGAAAGAUUUCAGAGGUGACCGGUACCACCUGAUGAACAAGAAUUGCAAUCACUUCUCCUCAGCUUUAACACAGAUUCUGGUUGGACGAGAAAUUCCAACCUGGGUGAACCGGCUGGCAUAUGUCUCUUCGUGUGUUCCAUUUCUUCAGCGAUGCUUACCUAAGGAGUGGCUCACACCAGUGGCACUACAGCAAACCAUUGAGAGGCCUUCACAGGACUCUCCUAUAUCCCCACACCCUCCCUCGUCCAAUUCCCCGAGCUCUGCCACUCGAGACAGGGCUCCACACUUAGCAGCCACCCCAAGGAAUACUCGCUCUACGGCACACUCUCGUAACUCUUUGUAACCUGAGCGUAUGUGUUAUGUUUUUUCAGAGACUGUUUAUCCCUUUGCCAGAUGUAGUCUAAAUAGACAAGAUAUAUAUGUGAGAGUAAUUUGACAAAAUGCAUGAAGUGAGUGAGUGUU